AUGACGGACGGGCCCCCAUUGAUGCUCAAUCGAGCGUUCUUUGAGAGAAAAGAAAACUGGCUCAAGAUAAUUCAGUUUGUAAGUUGUUUGUUCAACUAAACUUCCUUUCGACUUUAGGUUCAUUUGAUUCUAGUCCUUUUCAGACACUCGGUUUUAUCAACCUCUUCACCAACUACUGGUGCUAUCCAAACCAACACUUUCUCUUCUGUGGAGAAAGGUAAAAACAGACAAUCAAAGUUCUUCUUUCUUUCAAAACAAUUUCUAUUUUUUUCAGAUACUUCACCUCUGCCCAAGUGUUCCAACUAGUUGUAUUCAACGGAUUUUGUCUCUGUCUCACUUUCGUACUCCUUGUUGGCAAUAUUUCUGGUGCGUAUGAUGCUUACUACAAGACCAAUCCGUAUGUUCUUGUAAGUUUUCAGAUUGUUUCUGUUCCUAUGAUUUUUGAAUUUUUUCCAGGAGCGAUACCUUGUCUACCUUCAAACAUUCCUGUACACCGUCGCCUACAUCACUCUGAUCGUUGACUUUGAAACCAAUCCGUACGCCAAAGCUUUUGUUAUCCCACUGGUCAGUUCAUUUCUUCUCUGUUCCUGUGACGUCAUCAUUCUCUUAUUCCAGGUCUCUACCACUUUCACCUUCCUCGCCUAUUCCAUCGACUCGCUCAUGCAAUUCCGUCGCAAGAACUCCUUUAACCAAUAA